UUUAAAUCCAUGUCUUAUUAAUAUAAUGUCCUUAAUAGAAGCUGAUGUCCAGCAAUGUUUAUUCUAUGCGGUUGCAGGUCUUAUGGGAUUUGUAUGCGGCGCCUACUGUCAACAAGAGAUUUCUAUACGUCAACUAUUUGGGAUGAUCAGAAGUGACCCUUAUAUCUUUUAUCAUCGUCAAAAACUGUACCCAAUGUUAUCAACCUUUCGCACCGAUCACGAGGCGAGACUCUGGAAGCGAUCAUCGUGUCUGUCGGAUAAAAUACGUAAUUGUUUGGUCUUUUCUCUGUAUGAUUCGAUAAGCUCCUUGUUUUUCGAUAAGAAACCACCGACAUAUACUCCAGAUCUUUUGGAUCUUAUCAAAUAUGGACUGCCCAGUACGGAGAAUCUGUAUGUGCACAAGGACUACAUUGUUUCGCAGGACCUGCUUACAAAUGCCCCGAGAUGGAUAUGCGAGCAUCUAAAGGGAAACUAUCGGAAGUUAACCACAGAUGCGGAUGGGGAUGCACUGCAUCUGCGUUACAAUGACGUCUUUGUGUUAAGCUGCGGCGCAACACGUAUUUGCAAGGCCUUCAAGCGAGAGAUCUGGCGGAAAUUGGAGCAACACGUUACCAAAAUGACGGAGAAAUUUGGCUCAGUGUAUGUGUAUACAGGUCCAAUGUAUUUGCCAUCUCUCAAGCCUGGUGAGAACUGGACAUUGGAAUAUCAGAUUGUCGACUGGAUUCCGUUGCCAAUGCCCUCGCACUACUUUAAGGUGCUGAUCAUAGAGCCACAGCUGCCGGAUACUACUCCCUAUAUGGAAGGAUAUAUCAUUGAUAAUAAAAAUAGCACCACGAGCACCACCUGCGAACUGAUAAAUUAUCUAUGUGACAUUGCAGAGAUUGAGCGACAUACGGGUCUUCGAUUUUUCGAAGGCAUUCAGUCAGUUGUGCGCUUCAAGAAGGAAAAGUGGUGUACCCGUUAAACAAAAGAACAUUAAAAAAAAAAUUUUAAUAGCGCGGAGUUCUUAUGUGAUACUGUUAAGUGAGGAGAAAACUGAUAAUGAGGAGUAACGUGGACGCGAAUGUGACACAAGAUGGCGCUCAAUAGCUGAGUAUUAACCUACUCCGUUGGCUUAACAGAGCGCUGUUAAUGUAAGCUCAGCUGUUCGUGCGUGGGUUUCGAUAUUUGUGACUACCAACUAUCGAUACAUACUGAUAAUAAAUUCUGUACGCAGUAAACAU